CCUAAAACCCUCUUCCCUCCAUCUCUUCAAAAAACGCCACUCACCAUUUCACGCAACCGCCGCCGGAUAACCACCACCAAUCCAUCCAUGGCGUCUUCCGAUAUCAAUCGUCCCACCGAAAUUCAAUUCGCUCAGGUUGCCGCCGUCCUCGGCCCUGACAAUUCUCACUUUGAAACCCUAAUCUCUCACCUCAUGUCCGCCGCCAACGAGCAGCGUUCACAAGCCGAAACCCUAUUCAAUCUCUGUAAACAGAAUCAUCCUGAUACCCUUGUACUCAAGCUCUCUCAACUCCUUCACUCUUCUCCUCACGCUGAAGCACGUGCGAUGUCCGCCGUUCUUCUGCGUCGCAUCCUCACCAUCUCCUCCGACGAUGAAUCUCAAUCGCAAACGCUAUACCCUUCCCUCUCACCUGCCACCCAAUUAACCCUUAAAUCCACCCUGCUUGAGUCUGUGAGUAGAGAGUCCUCUAAAUCAAUCUCCAAAAAGCUAUGUGAUACUGUUUCGGAGCUUGCAUCGUUGGUUCUGCCUGAAAACGGAUGGCCGGAACUUUUACCUUUCAUGUUUCAGUGUGUUACUUCCGGAAAUCCUAGGCAUAGAGAAAGUGCUUUGUUGAUUUUUGCACAAUUGGCUCAAUACAUCGGGGAGACAUUGGUUCCACAUUUGGACACCUUGCAUGCUGUUUUUCUAGGAUGUUUGGGUACAGGGACAGAUCCAGAUGUGAGAAUUGCGGCAUUAGGUGCUUCAAUCAAUUUCAUUCAGUGUUUGGAGAAAGCCUCCGAUAGGGACAAGUUCCAUGAUUUGUUACCCUUGAUGAUGCAAACAUUGACGGAAGCAUUGAACUCCGGUGAGGAAUCCACGGCACAGGAGGCUUUAGAAUUGCUGAUUGAGUUGGCAGGUACCGAACCCAGGUUUUUAAGGAAGCAAAUUGCCGAAGUUGUGGGGGCAAUGUUGCAAAUUGCGGAGGCUGAGACUUUAGAAGAAGGGACUAAGCAUUUGGCAGUUGAGUUUGUUAUUACUUUGGCUGAAGCGAGGGAGAGAGCACCAGGGAUGAUAAGGAAGUUGCCGCAGUUUAUUAAGAGAUUGUUUGAGAUACUGAUGAAGAUGUUGUUGGAUGUUGAAGAUGAUCCUGCUUGGUAUAGUGCUGAGGUCGAACAUGAGGAUGCGGGUGAGACUAGCAAUUACAGUGUUGGUCAAGAAUGCUUGGACAGGCUUUCAAUUUCAUUGGGUGGGAAUACCAUUGUUCCUGUUAUUUCUGAGAUUUUGCCAGCCUAUUUGGCUGCUCCAGAGUGGCAAAAGCACCAUGCGGCACUCAUUGCAUUAGCUCAAAUUGCAGAAGGUUGCUCAAAGGUUAUGACAAAGACCUUAGAGCAAGUUGUCUCGAUGGUGUUGAACUCAUUUCAAGAUCCUCACCCACGUGUUAGGUGGGCGGCUAUCAAUGCAAUUGGGCAACUGUCUACAGACUUGGGCCCAGACUUGCAAAACCAGUAUCAUCAUCUUGUGCUUCCAGCAUUAGCUUCAGCAAUGGAUGAUUUCCAUAAUCCGCGGGUGCAGGCACAUGCUGCUUCAGCAGUUCUGAACUUCAGUGAAAAUUGCACACCAGAACUUCUAAAGCCUUAUUUGGAUGGGAUUGUGGGUAAACUACUUGUUCUGUUGCAGAAUGCUAAGCAGAUGGUGCAGGAGGGGGCUUUGACUGCUUUGGCAUCAGUUGCUGACUCCUCUCAGGAGAAUUUUCAAAAGUAUUAUGAUGCAGUUAUGCCUUACUUGAAAACUAUACUGGUGAAUGCAAUGGACAAAGCUAAUCGCAUGCUACGUGCCAAAUCUAUGGAGUGUAUUAGUUUGGUUGGAAUGGCUGUUGGAAAAGACAAGUUCAAGGAUGAUGCGAAGCAGGUUAUGGAUGUUCUCAUGUUACUGCAAGGUUCCCAACUAGAGACGGAUGAUCCAACAAUAAGCUACAUGUUGCAAGCGUGGGCAAGACUCUGCAAAUGCCUAGGGCAGGAUUUCCUCCCUUACAUGAAUGUUGUCAUGCCACCUUUGCUUCAUUCUGCUCAGCUUAAACCCGAUGUUACCAUUACAUCUGCUGAUUCAGAUGCUGAUAUUGAUGAAUCGGAUGAUGAAAGCAUUGAGACUAUCACGCUUGGAGAUAAGAGAAUAGGGAUCAAGACUAGUGUUCUUGAGGAGAAAGCUACAGCAUGCAACAUGCUAUGUUGUUAUGCUGAUGAGUUAAAGGAAGGGUUUUUCCCCUGGAUUGAUCAGGUUGCUCCAACAUUAGUACCACUUCUUAAAUUUUAUUUUCAUGAAGAAGUUAGAAAGGCUGCAGUUUCAGCUAUGCCGGAGCUUCUUCGUUCUGCAAAGUUAGCUGUUGAGAAGGGGCAAUCCCAGGGCCGCAACGAGUCCUACGUAAAGCAGUUAUCUGACUAUAUCAUACCAGCUUUAGUAGAAGCUUUACACAAGGAACCAGAGACUGAAAUUUGCUCAAGUAUGCUGGAUGCUAUAAAUGAGUGCUUACAGAUUUGUGGGCCCAUUUUAGAUGAAAGCCAAGUUAGAAGCAUUGUGGAAGAGAUGAAACAGGUAAUUAUGGCCAGUUCAGCUAGAAGAAAUGAAAGAGCAGAAAGAGUCAAAGCAGAAGACUUUGAUGCAGAAGAGGGAGAAAUGCUGAAGGAAGAAAACGAGCAAGAGGAUGAACUUUUCGAUCAAGUUGGUGAUUGUUUGGGCACUCUACUAAAGAUCUUUAAGGGCCCAUUUCUGCCUCUUUUUGACGAACUAUUGCCUUACUUGAUGCCUAUGUUUGGCAAGGAUGUGACAGCCGAGGAGAAAAGAAUAGCCAUUUGCAUAUUUGAUGAUGUUGCUGAGCAUUGUCGAGAGGCAGCUCUAAAAUAUUAUGAUACUUUUCUACCAUUCCUGUUGGAAGCAUGCAAUGAUUCAAGCACCGAUGUCCGCCAGGCUGCUGUUUAUGGGGUUGGCAUAUGUGCGGAGUUUGGGGGAGGUGCAUUCAGACAAUUCGUUGGUGAGGCUCUUUCUAGAUUGGAUGCUGUCAUCAGACGCCCUGAUGCAUUACAUCCAGACAACGUAAUGGCAUAUGACAAUGCUGUUUCAGCUCUUGGCAAGAUAUGCCAAUUCCAUCGCGAUAGUAUUAAUGCUGCUCAGAUUGUUCCUGCAUGGUUAAACUGCCUGCCAAUAAAAGGCGACUUGAUUGAGGCGAAAGUUGUACAUGAUCAGCUUUGCUCAAUGGUGGAAAGAUCUGAUGGAGAACUAUUAGGGCUUAAUCAUCAGUAUCUUCCGAAGAUAGUUGCAGUAUUUGCAGAGGUUCUUUCUGCUGGUAAAGAUUUGGCAUCUGAACAAACAGUUGGCCGAAUGAUCAAUCUGCUGAGGCAGCUUCAGCAAACAUUACCGCCAUCUGCGCUUGCAUCAACCUUUUCAUCUUUACAACCUCAACAACAGCUUGCGCUUCAAUCAAUCCUUUCUUCCUAAAGGUUUCAGACCUCUUUUUCUCACCUAAAAGGGUGUUGUUUUCGUAUCCGCUUGGUUUGCUCAUUAUUCGUUUCUAUUCAUAAUAUAAAAAUUCAUUUCUGCAUGCAUUUGGUGUUGAAAAAAGUGAGAGAAAAGUAGUAGGAUGUGCAUAUACAUAUUACAAUCAAUUAUUGUGGUAAUUUUGUCCUGGAAGAGUUUUGAUUUGAGUUUGGUGGUCUUGUAUUGGUCCUGGUCCUGCAUAUUGAGUUGUAAGUUAUAUAUUAUGUCUGGAUUUUGGAGUUUUGUGGAUGAAUUUUGGUAGUAGUUUUUUGGGUUAAUAUAAUUUAUUUUCUACUGUUCUCUA